AUGGCUUCGAUUCUAUUGAUCAUUGCGACGAUCGUGGUGGCGGGACUCGCUGCAGUCCUUGCUUACCUCCUCUCCUUCUCUGCCGCCUCCUCUCAGCCAACAAUCCUCCUCGUUGGUCCAUGCAACGGCGGUAAGACCGCACUCUUCACCUUGCUGCAAUUCGGCAAGAAAUCCCCAACACACACCUCCCAACACCCAAACACCUCCACAUCCCUCACCCUCACCCUCGCCGACCGCACAGCCCGCCUCGUCGAUCUCCCCGGCCACCCAAAACUGGCACACCUCUUCGAAGCCGAGCUGGCUCUCAACACACCCAAAGGCCUCGUCUUCGUCAUCGACUCCGCUGCCCUUGCGCGUCCGGACGCGAUCCGUGCCGUGGCGGAACAACUGUACGCACUGCUUGUACGGUUGCAGAAGGUCAAGACCGCUGUGCCGGUGUUGAUCGCCUGUAAUAAAUCAGACCUUUUCACUGCCCUCCCCGCUCCUCGCGUCAAAACCCUCUUGGAGGCCGAAAUCGAGAAAAUCCGCAAAGCCCGCUCCGCCGAAAUCUCCCUCGCAGAAGGUGAGGACGACGAAGACAAAGAGCUCCUGGGAUGGGAGGGGGAGGAUUUCAAGUUUGCGAUGCUGGAGGGUAUGGAGGUUGAUGUAGUGUCGGGGAGUGUGGAUAAGAAUGAUGUUCAGGCUUGGAAGGAUUGGAUGGCAGAGCGGGUAUGA